UUGUUACACACUCCCAUGUAGAUUAACCUUUCAAUUAGUUGUUAUCAGGCUCCCUGUGCCUCCGCGCGCCUUUAUUCUGCCCGAUCAAACGCUGGAUUUUAAUUGACCUCGUUACGCCUUUUCGCUGUUUCCAAUAAACGCACAACCGCUCGGAGCGGAGAGAGAGAAAAAGAGAGAGAGAGGGAGAGAGAGAAACCGCGCCAGGAACUUAAAGGUAUCAGCUGCAUCUGACCUGAAAAGGAUCGUUCAGGACUUAUUUUUCUGGAUUUAUUAAGGGAUUUCUCGUGGCUGUCUCUUUUGAGGAAAUCUGAGGAAAUGUAAUGUAGAGACGGUCUGGUGUACUGUAUUGGAGUUCCCUUACAAACAAACCUCAUCCAACAUGGUGUAGUAAUGGCCGACUCCCGCGUGUGGAUGCAAAUUCUUUGCUCUUAAAAAAGAAGGAAUGUAUUCAUGGAUUACGCUUUAAUGAAACAAAUUAUUUCACCAUGGUGAAACUGGCCAAUCCCCUGUACACAGAGUGGAUUCUUGAGGCUAUUCAGAAGAUCAAAAGGCAGAAGCAGCGGCCUUCAGAGGAGCGAAUUUGUCAUGCUGUAUCAACAUCACAUGGACUAGACAAGGGUGUUGUGCUCCAGCAACUGGAGCUGGCUGUGAAGGAUGGAUCCAUCCUUAAGGUUACCAGCAAAGGUUGCGCUUCGUACAAAGAUCCGGAUAACCCGGGGAGGAUUGCGGCGAUCAAGCCUGGAGGCCCGGCGGCUUCUGCGGUGGGAUCUGUGCUACCCGCGGGAGAUCUUCGACACGUGGAUUGGAAUAAGGUCCUCAGGAGGGCUAUCGAGGGGCUGGGCGUCCCUGCUGGCUCCUCUCUCAGGAACAUAGAGCGGUUCUUAAGGAGCCAGGAUGACCUGGUGAGCGUUGUGGCUAACCCCAGGUUUCAGCAGCGGUUGAGGCUGGCUGCUAAGCGGGCGGUGAAUAACGGGAGGCUGCUAAAGGAAGGCCCGCUCUAUAGGAUAAAACACGCUGGAGCAGGAGGAAAGGCUGGUUUCAGGAGCAGCGUGGCCUUGGCUCUGGACCUUCCGCCUGUGACGCUUCUCCCGCACGAGAAAGAUCAGCCUCGCGUUGACCCUAUACCUAUAUGCAGCUUCUGUUUGGGAACGAAGGAGUCCAAUCGAGACAAGAGGCCAGAAGAACUGCUCUCCUGUGCAGACUGUGGAAGCAGUGGCCAUCCGUCAUGUCUGAAGUUCUCAGCUGAUUUGACUGCAAAUGUCAAGGCACUGCGGUGGCAAUGCAUCGAAUGCAAAACGUGCAGUUCCUGUCAGAUUCAGGGGAAAAAUGCUGACGAGAUGCUGUUCUGUGACUCCUGUGAUAGGGGGUUUCAUAUGGAGUGCUGUGACCCACCUCUCUCCAGAAUGCCAAAAGGGAUGUGGAUCUGCCAAGUAUGCAGGCCAAAGGAGCAGGAGGAAAAACGACUGCUGCACAAAACGGCAGCGCAGAUCAAAAGGCGAUAUGCAAAGCCAGGAAGGCCGAGGAAAAUUCUCUCAAAUCCAACAAUGUCUGACAGUGGUGAUGCAGGACCCCUUCAGCUGUCAGAGAGAGAGGAGGAACAUGGUAGGGGUCUAAAGAGCACUAUCUGCACCCCACCCUCAUCCAGCACCAUUGCACCCACCACAGACGCCCGGAGCCGCUUGAGCCUCACCGAUCCCCUCACAUCCACCCCAGCCUCUCUCACUGCCCUCACCACGCUGCCCCACUACAACAAGAAAACCAAAGGUCUCAUUGACGGCCUCUCCAAAUUUUUCACCCCAUCCCCUUUGGGCCGACGCACGCGUGGUGAUUCGUCAGACUCUCCUGAGCAGCAUAGGCCUCGGAAACGAGGCUAUCGGAAACGACUGUGCGAUCCUCACUCCAGCGCCACGGCACCAGGUACCGGCCCGAGGUUAACCGCCCCGUCUAGCGCGCUCACUACGCCCUGCCCCGGUCAGUCCCCCUCGCCCCCGUCCGCCCAGUCCCCGCAGAGCUCCUCGUCCCAGUCUAGCGGCCCCUCCCUCAGCAGCCUCCCAGGCAGCAGCCAGCUGAAGGGGCUCUUUGACGGACUGUCUCACAUCUAUGCCACUCAGGGACAGUCCCGGCAGAAGGGACUCCCCAACUACGCGCCGCCUAAGCGAGGGCGGUGCGCCCGGGACGCUUCCUCUUCGCCCAAAACGCCUUUUCAGCUCCACGGAAACAAGCCCAUCAAAGGGUUCAGUAGCAAGCUAGCAUCCAUGUCCUGCUCAGCCUCGGGCUGGGCACCCAAGAGAGGCCGGCCCUUUAAGACAGCGCUUCAUUUCAAACGAACUACCUUUUUGAAAAAGCACAGGCUGCUAGGCAAGUUUAGGUUUAAGGCCUCCCCUCAGAGGGGGAACCCCACGCCAGGGAGGGACAGCUUGGCAGACGGAAGAAUUAAGCCUGACCAAAACCAUGUCUUAAACACCUUGAGAUGCCUGAAAAGAGAGGCUCAGGAAGGAGGACUGACUUCACCCAGUGACCACGUGUCUGAAGAGGAUGUUAAGGUCUACAGACAGGCCCAGGAACUCACUGCAAGGAGGGCUGAUCCUAACGGUGAUGAAGGACAAUACCCUUUAUUGAUAGAGUUUGGAAACUAUGAAAUAAAGACCUGGUACUCAUCACCUUAUCCACCAGAAUACACAAGAUUGCAGAAACUCUAUCUGUGUGAGUUCUGCCUGAAGUACAUGAAAAGCCCAAACAUCCUGCAGAGGCACGCACAGAAGUGUGGCUGGUUUCAUCCGCCAGCUAAUGAGAUCUACAGAAAAGAUAGCCUUUCUGUGUUUGAGGUUGAUGGAAAUAUCAGCAAAAUCUUCUGCCAAAACCUGUGUUUGCUUGCGAAGCUUUUUUUGGACCACAAGACCCUGUACUACGAUGUGGAGCCUUUCCUUUUCUACGUUCUAACCCAGAAUGAUGCAAAAGGUUGCCAUCUUGUAGGAUACUUCUCAAAGGAAAAGCUUUGCCAGCAGAAGUACAAUGUCUCCUGCAUAAUGAUCAUGCCCCAGUACCAAAGGCAAGGAUUUGGGAGGUUCCUCAUUGAUUUCAGUUACUUACUCUCCAGGCGGGAGGGCCAGGCCGGCUCCCCGGAGAAGCCUCUAUCAGAUCUGGGUCGUCUGUCCUACUUGGCGUAUUGGAAAAGUGUCAUACUGGAGUACCUGCACAACCACCCAGAUAAGAGUGUCAGCAUCAAGGGAAUGAGCAAAGCCACGGGCAUGUGUCCACAUGACAUUGCCACCACACUCCAGCAGCUCAACAUGAUUGAUGAGCAGGAUGGCAGAUUUGUGAUCGUCCGAAAGCAUCAGAUGAUCCAGAGACACAUGGAACAGCUGAGGGAGAAGCCACGUCUGUACGAGGUCGAUCCUGAGUGUCUCGUCUGGACGCCGGUUAGGUUCGGACCAGUCUGUAGAAACCCAUUGGGGCUGCAGCAGAGGAGAAGGACAGAGCAGACAGCGGAUAUUGCGGAUCCGGCUGUCUCAGCAGGUGACAGGGGAGCAGGAAUGUUCAGCAGAAGAAUACCUCCUCUAACGAAGUGUAAGAACUACAGCAGAAGACUACCUGAGGCACUUUUCUCAAGCACUGUUGAGAAACAGUUGGAGGCCAGUCAGGAUAGCAGCAGCAGCGAUGAUGAUGAGGAGGAGGAGGAGGAAGAUGAUGAUGAUGACACUGCUUCAGUCCAGUCGCAGUCUGUGCCGGGACUCAAGCGAAAGAGAGCGGGUCCUCUAAGGAAGAAAAGAGGUCGGAGGAGAGUGCGAAUCAACAGCAGCGUCACCACCGAAACCAUCUCUGAGAGGACAGAGGUGCUGGAUGAGCCGUUUGAGAACUCUGAUGUGGAUAGCCCGGUUCCACAGCUAGAGAGUUCAAUCAGACGGGAGGACAGUGAUGAGGAUGAGGAGAAGAACCUAAGAGCAGUGGUACGCAGGCCAGGCAGACCACGAAAGAGAGAAAGACCAGAUGACAAUCACUCAAAUCCAUCCAAAGAAGAAGAGAAAGAAGAAGGUGUUGCAGAUGCAGCGAAAAAGGACAAUCCUCGCCCUGUGAAGCGAAAGAAAGGCUGGCCCAAAGGAGUUAAGCGAGGCCCUCCCAAAUGGAGACUAAAGAAAGAGAGGAAGAUGGGCUUUAAGCUCAAUCUCUACACACCCCCGGAGACGCCCAUGGUCAGUGUGGAGCAGGAGCCGGAAGAAGAGGAGCAGGAACGUGAACCUGAGCAUGAGCAUGAGCCAGAGGAGGAGGAGGAGCAGCAGCAGCAGGUGUCCAGUCCCAUGUCUGUGCGAGAAGACUGCAAGCCCUGCAAAGAUCCAGAGCCUAUGGAGGCAGAGUUGAACACUUCUGAACAGGUCUCCGAGACCAUGAGUCCAGAGGCACAGGAGGAACCCAGUGAAGAACCUGAAGAUGAUGAACCGUUGGAAAAACCUGACUCUGUCUGCCCUUCUCCUUGUGGUCCUGAGAUCCAAGAGGCUCCGGCCAGUCCUGUGAAUUACGAUGAACAGUCCACUGAGAAUAUAGAUGAGGAAAGAGCUCAGGAACUAGAGGAGGAAGAGGAGGAGCGUGAAUGCACAACAUCUCGGGGCCCAGAGGAGCCCGAUGAAGAGGAAGAUGAGGACGAAGAACAAGAACCAGCUCAUGUGGAAGAUCAUGAUGCUGAUGAUGAGGAUGAUGGUCAUGUGGAGUCCAGUGAGCCAAGAAAAGAGGAUCCUGCAGCAGAAGUACCUGAGGAAGAAAAGGAGCCAGUGGAUGAUCCUGAACCGGCUCCAAACCCUUGUAAUGAUGAGAAGGAACCAGACCCUCCUGAAGAGUGUUCAGAGGAGGUGGCCCAAGAGAGCAGCCUCGUCGGCACGGAUGUGCAGGAUAAUGCCGGGGACUCUGACCAUCAUCCUGACUCUGGAUCAGAGGAGGAGGAGGAGGAGAGCAGUCAGAAUGUUAACCAAAAAGAUGAAGAUGCUGGACCUUUGACUCCUGCGAUAAAAGAGGACCACAGCAUUUGUCCCGAGAUUGAUAUGGAAACUGCCCAGGCUGUUCAGUCCCUCACGCAAGAGGCUGAGCAGGAGAGGCACUUCCAGGACUGUGCGGAAACCCAGGAGGCCUGCCGAAGCCUGCAGAGAUACGUCCAUGUGGACCAGAGCCCUCAAAUGACUCCCGUAGAUGAUUGCCAGCAGUCAGACCACAGCAGCCCGCUCUCCUCGGUUCACUCCCACCCCAGCCAGUCGGUGCGUUCGGUCAACAGCCCAGCUGUGUCGAUUCUCGAGAGCAGCUACACUCAGAUCAGCCCAGAGCAGGGUGCCAUCUCCGUGCACUCUCUGCACAACAUGGAGACCAGCCCGAUGAUGGACGUCCCCUCUGUGUCGGACCACUCUCAGCAAGUGGUGGACAGCGGCUUCAGUGACCUCGGCAGCAUCGAAAGCACGACUGAGAACUACGAGAAUCCCAGCAGCUACGACUCCACGCUGGGCGGCAGCAUUUGUGGCACGGGAGCUAGCGCUGGCGCCUCCUCCCAGAGCAGCUGUUCCUAUGGCAACCUCUCCUCCGGUGGCAGCCAUGGACAGAGCAGCUGUGCCGUGUCCCAGCAGAUGGCCGGCCCUGUGGUGAACAAUACUGGCGCCUGCAGUAUGCUCCAGCAGAACAGCAUGAACUCCCCACAGGGUUGCAGUGUCAAAUCCCCACAAGGCUGUGUACCAGAGAGGCAGCCCAGCCAUGGCCAUGCGCACGGACAUGCACACGCACAUGCACACGGGCACGCGCAUGCACACGGGCACGGACACCACCACAACCCCAACCCCCACCACCAUCAUCACCCGCACCAACACCAUCAGCAUCAACAUCAGCACCACCAGCAGCCCCUGUCCCACUGCUCAAUGUCUGCAAGCUUCCCUCCUCCCAUGCAGCUCCCCGACAUCCCUGAAUCCAACAACCCCUCCACCAACCUGGGGCUUUACGACAGGAUGAACCAAAGCGAGUAUGGGGGUGGGCACUACGGACAGCCCUCGGCUACGUUCAGCUUGGCUAAGCUACAGCAGCUUACCAACACGCUCAUAGACCACCCCCUACCCUUCAGCCACUCUGGAUCCCAUCCAAUCACGUCUUAUGGCAACAACAACGGCUCGCUGUCCUCGCAGCUCGGCCCUCACAACCCCGCGCUGGUGUCUCUGUCCCAGCCUCCACAUUCAGUCACAGGUGGGGGCCCACAGACACAGGCCACAAUGACUCCACCACCCAACAUGACCCCUCCCCCCAUGAUGCUUCAGCGCAACAUGGGCACACCCAACAUGAACUUGCCCCCGUCCCAGAGAUUGCAAACUCAAAUGGCCCCUAAGAACCAUCACCACCACCCAGUCUCUAUACGCUCCAAAUCGGCCCCGCUGCCCCCGCACCACCAGCAGCAGAUGUACGGCAGAGGCCCCCAGACUGUGACCAUGCAGGCUCCUAGCAGGACACUGGCCAUGACACCCCGCAUGAACAUGGGGGUAAACCUCAUGCCGGCUUCGGCGUAUAACGUUAACUCCAUGAACGUGAACGUGAACAUGGCUCCGCUUAAUGCAAUGAAUACGUACCGGGUGACCCAGCCCAUGAUGAACGGGGGCUACCACGGCAACCCUCCCUAUAUGAAUCAGUCUACGCAGUACUCUAUGCAGAUGGGCAUGAUGGGUACCCAGCCUUACCCACAGCAGCCCAUGCAGGCCCCUCCCCACGGCAAUAUGAUGUACAGUCCAGCGGGCCACCACGGAUAUGUGAACACUGGCAUGUCCAAACAACCCUUAAACGGACCUUAUAUGAGACGAUAAUCGCUAAUGACCUCUGGUCUCCAAAGGGUCAUGAUCUAAAAGUCAGCUUGAUGACUUGAGGUAGUUCUUGUGUUGAUUUUCAUUGUUAAUGUUCGCUUUUCUGAAUUUUUCUGAAAAACCAGCACUUGGUAAGAAUGCAAAAAAGUUGUGUUUUAAUAGCUAAUCUUUAGCUUUUUUUCCCUAUUUACGGGAAGCCUUACAUCAUCAGAAUUUAAAUGUAACAUUUUGAAAUGUAAAUCUCUUCAAACUGCAUUGCAGUUUAACGGAGAUUGCAUUGCGCUUUUUUUUUUUUUUUCCUUUUUUUUUCGGGACUUGCAUUAUGGAACCUUUAAAUGUGCCUGCAUUGUAUGCCUUUUCAAUGUACAUGUUUAGGAAUCGCAAGAUUAUGUUUCUAAGUCUGUACUCAUGCCUUCAUAUUAUUUAUUGUAAAUCUACUUUUAUAUUUUUUUAAGUGUAAGGUAAAACUUAGCAUGCUCUAAUGUCUUUGUUAGUGACAGUGCAUCAAAGUAGUACUGUACAGUGUUGUGCUUAAAAGCAAGCAAUUUUAUAUUAAAUGUAUGGCCUUGGUUAGGUUUCCCUCUUAUGGAAGGAAAAAUGAAACUAUAUUUUUGUUGAUUCUAAUACUGUAAAGAUUUUAAACAUUGUCAUGUUGGGUGUUUCCGCUUCGAAGGUUCUAUUGCUAAUUGUGUAUAAUUUGUUACUUUUUAACAAGUUUCUUUACCUGAGGCAGCUUUCUGUUUUUAUACAAACUAAAGCAAUUUCAGUCAAAAAUAGCAAGAUAAAUGUCAGUAUUUGUACAUGUAGAAUUCUAAAUCAGGGGGAGGGGAUGCGAAAAAAAUGAAGAAGAAGAAGAAAAAAAAAAACAAAUCACAGAGUUCAGAAAUUGUCAAUUUACUCCAAAGUUGGUCUUUUAUGAAAUGCCUUUAAACGUACAUUUUCAUUCCAUCUGUAGAUUUUUUUAUCUUUAUAAAACAUCUGAUUUAUAUUUUACUGAAAUGUAGAACGGUGACCUUGUUAAUAGACAAAACAGAUGGCAUGUAUAAAGGUAAAAAAUUGUAUUGGUGUCUGUUUGUAUAGCUUAUUUUGUAGCCUUUGUACCUGUACAGAAUGGCAGUUUGACGUAAGAGGGAUUAUCUGACUGUACUAAUUAAUGGAGCAACAGUCCUGUAUUUAUGAGUUACCUUUUUAGUCGGUCACUUAAAUGCUGUACAUUUUAGCAGAAAAUAAAUUAUGAUGAGCCACUGACAGACUUAAA